AUGAAAAUGAGAUGCCUUACAGAACAGGUAUAUGUGGACGAUCUCGAGGCCGAUGAGGAGGGAAUUGCCGAGAGUUUAAUGGACGACAACUCGAUCGCACAGGUGGCCCGUCCGGGAACUUCCCUUAAAACAAUGUCAACCGCCAGACCAAUGCAAACGAGUCAAUCGGUACGACCGGUCACACAGUCUGGCCGUCCGCUAACCGGAACGUUAAGACCGGGAACUCAGGGAAGACUCGGAACGAUGGAAAACGCGCUGAAAACUCCGCGAACGGCCAGAACUUCUCGACCGAUGACUUCAUCGUCGGGACGAUUCGUGCGAAUGGGAACCACUUCUAUGUUAGCCCAACCCGACGGACCCUUUAUUAAUUUGGGUCGACUUAAUAUAGGAAAAUAUGCGGCCAUUCAAACACUGGCCAAACCACUCUUUGAAUACAUUUAUUAUCAGGAAAAUAACAUUAGAGUACAGUUAGGAAAAUGUUAUUAUAAAUUAGGAAUGAUUAGAGACGCGGAGAAACAAUUCCGGUCAGCGCUUAAACACAUUGAAGUUCCCGUUGAAGUGUACCUAUGGUUAGGCAGAGUAUAUGAGAGAUUGGAUCAGCCAUUGGCUGCGCUGGACGUAUACAGCGAUGGCCUAAACAAAUAUCCGGGCGAAACGUUUCUGAUUACAUACGCGGCCAGAAUUCACGAGACAAUGAAUGAAAUGGAGGACUCAAUCAAACUAUACAAAGAGGUUCUCACAUACGAUGCCAUUAACAUAGAGGCGAUCGCAUCGAUCGCAAUGAAUCACUUUUACAACGAUCAGCCGGAGAUAGCGCUCCGGUAUUACCGGCGCAUCCUUCAGAUGGGAACCUGUAAUUCGCAGAUUUACAACAAUUUGGGCCUUUCCUGCUAUUUGUCCCAACAGUUUGAUAUGGCUAUCACUUGCUUCGAAAGGGCGCUCAUGUUCUCGGACUCGGACGACGUGACCGCCGAUAUC